AUGUCGGAGCCUUAUCUUUCACAAGCACAAAAGUACAUUGACGAGAACCCAUAUUUCAUGCUCUCCAAAUCUUGGUGUCCUGAUUGCCACUACACUUAUAAGGUAUGGGAACAAUAUGGAGUGGUGUCCAAGGUCAAGGUGUUGGAAUUAGAUAAAUUGUCAGAUCAAAAAGAAGCUGCCCAAUUAGAAGCAGCAUUCACUCAAUUGGCUGGACUGAAAUGGGUUCCUACUAUCUGGUUCAAUGGUAAACGGUUAGGGACUGAGGCUGAUUUAAAGAGAUGGGAUCAAGAAGGGUCAUUAACCAAGAUCUUUACUGAGUCAAAACUUAUUUAA